CAACGUGCGUAUACUUCGUAAGCCACUACAACCGAACGCAGGGAGCGGUACCAACACCUAAAAAAUUAAAAAUGAAACUAAUACAAUGUGUUUUUGUCAUUGUUUUGCUAAUGGCAGUAACGGUGUGCAGCAGUCCUUUGCUAACACAAACACCAUUCAGUGAGGAGGAUUGCAUCAGACAAGGAGGUAUAUGCGUGCGCACGGAGGAAUGUGAUCCAGACAACAUAUCGACGAUUUCGCAAUUUCUAUGUCCAAACCAAGCGCACCUUGGAGUAGCCUGCUGCUAUGUCUGAAGAAACUCGGUGUCUUCUUACCGACGAAUGAUAUAAUCAAACUAUAUGGUUAAACUUAGCUUUAAUAUUUAAGGAACAUGUUGAAAUGUAAAAUGUUUAUAUAAUGCCCAUUUACAUUAUUUUACAUUAUUUUUAUUUUAUUAUGCUUAGAUUUAAU